AAAUUACGGUUUUCCUACGUUUUUGAGAUACCCUCUAUUAGUCUAGGGCCACAGAGUCAAAUGAAUCUGAGUUCAGGUUGUAACCCCACCUUGUACCAGCUUAUGUGACCAGGUUAUUCAAACUCUGAGACUCUUUCUUUAUCUGCAGUAAAGUAAGGAUAAUACUGAAGAUAAAAAAAAACCCAAAAAACAAAAAAACCUCUCCGCUCCCUAACCCUCACGCUGAUCAUAGCGCAUCUUCACACUGAAAACCCAGAAGCUGCCAGGGCUGCUGCCGUCUCCGCUCUUGGUUUAGGUGUGAGGGAACAGAGCGGACAGAGACCUUCCCGUGAAAAUCAGAUUUGCAAUCCAGAGGUUGAUUUGGUAACUACUAGUAGAGAAUCCUGAAGGUGCAUGCUAGCACGUUAGGUAUUUGAGAAAGGAAAAAGAAGUAGUGAGGAAAACAGAACCAUGGAUUUUUAAAACUGAAGGAAUUGGGAGUCAUGGGGGCCAGCUGUCUCAUUUUACAGAUGGGUACAUUGAGUCCCAGAGAGAGUAAGUGGUUUGUCCGAGAGUAAACAUCUCAUUAUUGACAAAGCAUAUAACCCCGGUCUCCUCACGGUUAUAUUGUAUAUUGUUUCACAAAUAGGGAUUAGGCAGAGGUUCAAGGAAUCAUUCCUGGACGUCGGAUAGAUGACCAGAUAGCGAGAAGAGUCAUCUUACUAAAGCCUGUCUCUGAGCAUGGUACUCCCCAUCGAAUGAAGUAAACGGCAUUCAGAUCCCUUGGGAUCUGCCCCAGUCUACCCCUCCGGCCUUAUCUCCUGUUACUUUUUCUACUUUGUCCUUCAAACUGUUCCCCAUUUCCUAAUUCUCCAUUUGUAGACAGUCUGUGGAAAUCCUGCUCAUGCUCAAAGGCACUGCUCAAUGCUGCCCCUUCUGUGAAAUCACCACUGCCCCACCAGGGACCCUGCUCUGUCGUCAUUGCCAUUUGUGUUUGUUAUAGAACUUGUCACAUUUGAUUUUCCUUUAGAGUAUUGCUCCUGCAUUGCAAGAGGCAGAGGCUAACUUGUCCAUUUUUUCUCUCUUCUGCAAUACCUCAUCUGUAAUAGGCACCCAUCUAAUGUUUGUUGAUCCAAAUAGGUAUUUUUAUCUGCACCUUUCCGAUUUCUAACCUUAUUCCCCAGUUCCUGAAUAUGCUGGGUGAUUGGAUGGAAAAGAGAUUCAGGAAAUGGUCUUCAUGCUUCUCUGGCAUGGCAAGUAUCAAGGAAAGUGUGAAAGCGGGCAUAACUACAUUCUUCUAGGGGACAGUUUUAAAAUUACCCAUGCACCAGAUUGGAGUAAAAAAGAAGUUCUCUUUCUUCCUUCAGUGGGAUGUGCCCAUGCGUCUGCAGGUGGGAGUUGAAACCACUUGUGAUUUGAGGGUACACCAGCUGGUAAUCUGACUCCCAUAAAAGCAGACUCUCAAAGGAGGAAGAGGAGGGGAAGGGAGUCCCAGAGUUUCAGAUGUCCAGGGAUUAGAAAGCUGAACUUGGAGGAUGGGAAACGUCCACAUGUUUCAUGUGUUGAGCUGUGCACAAAAACAUUAUUUAUACUGAUGGUUGAUGACUGAAAUAUCUAAAGAGGCAGAGGAGAUAUAUGACCUUACCUUGGGCUUUUAAAGGGGGCUGUUCUCGCUCACUCUGCUUUUUCUACAAAACCUUUCAAACGGCAAAAUACUUCUCCCUUCGGCACAGAAAGCAGCCAAGCCAGUCUGACCAGCUUGAGGGAAACACCGAACAAAGCUGCCAACUCCAAUCACAUGAACACUAGUUACUAAUUAUCUUCUGGCCUCUGUGGGGAAAGAUAUAGCAGCUCACUGAUUGGAUCCUGAGGUUGAAAUAACUCCACAUCUCUCUGGACUCCAGCUGGAGGAGUAAGAAGAGUGUCUCGAGCGCUUGGGGAGACAUUUUCAGAAGGACAGAUACAGCCUUAGGCUAACCUGCACCUGUCCACAUUUCAGCCCCACCCAGGCCCAUGGAAGGAGGAAGUAAAACGCGUGUCUUUAUGCACACCGAACAUGUGGGAGACCCAAGAAGUUAGAGAAGAAAGAGAAACGGAGAAGAAAGGGCACUGGGGCUCCAGCUGGGAGUAUGAAGACCACAGGAGUCUACAGAAGAGGGACCUUACAGGGCUGGAUCGACUUUACAGAGAAGGUGGCUUGGAUUCCAGACACUGGACCUUGGGGCAGAAUCGGCCCUAUAGAAAAAGACAUUGUGGAUACUGGGCUUUUGAGCAGAGUGAGCCAAGCUACUCGGACCAUGAGGAAGAGGAAGAAAGUGGAAAGGACUGUAUGAACUACAGAACUAUGGCUCAGGGUUGUGAUGGUUACAAGAACUCAGAAAAUGCGGGUUCUAGCCCGGGGACUAAGGAUAACCGAUUUACAGGCAGCUCAGAAGGCUGGAAAGCUGGAGGGUAUGGGGACAUGAAUGGCCACACGGAUGGUCAGAAUCUGAAUUUUGAUCCUGAGGACUCUAAAGAAACUGAAUUGUGCACUCGCCACAGUGGUUUGGAUGAUUCUGUGGGGAAUUGUGGUCAACCUGAAAAGUGGCACAUGGACUACAGGAAUUUUAAUUAUAAUCUUGAGGAUUGUAAAGAAGCUAAUUUUUAUUAUAGAAACCGCAACAAUUUAUGUCAGGUUCCUGGGAAUUAUACUAAUGGUCAGUCUGUGGACUUCCCAGAUUUGGAUGGAGUCAGUGAAGGUAAAGAAUUUUUCAAAUACCAUGAAGGGGACAGAAAGGUUUGUGAAAAUGGUAAAAUCUGUCCCAACGCAAAGACUCAUGCCCUGGAUCAGAGUGACUUUGACACAGAACAUAAAGGCUACGAUACUCUAUUUGCCAACUGUGAGUAUAAAUUUCAGAAUUACAGAGGGACAGAUUCUGUCCAUCAGAUGAAGAAUUGGGAGGAUAAUGGCAUUGACAAAGCAGGAACCAUGGCGCUUGGGAGCAGGGGCGUCUUCCCAGAUAGUCCGCAGAGUCAGUGGAUGAGAGGGGGCCGGGGAGAAGAUCACUGUGGCAUUCUUCAGGGUCCUUCAUUAGGGAAGAAUACUUGGCAGUUUGAGGAAGACAAAAAAAGAAAUGGCCUGGAGACUUGGAAAAGGAAUAGUUGCUUCCGCCGCACGGCACCCAGCAGCCUGAGACGCUCAGAAUUUGUGCAAAACAGGAAGAAAACUCAAGAAAUGACGCUGCUCUCCUCCCAGUCUUCAUCACCCGUGGCCCCUCCUGGGUCCGUGUACACUGAAAACCCAGAGCAGAGGAUGCUGGAGAAAAGAGCCAAGGUGAUAGAAGAACUCCUCCAGACGGAAAGAGACUACAUUCGGGAUCUGGAAAUGUGCAUCGAGCACAUCAUGGUGCCCCUGCAGCAGGCACAGAUACCAAACAUCGACUUUGAAGGACUUUUUGGAAAUAUGCAGAUGGUGAUUAAGGUCUCAAAGCAGUUAUUGGCUGAUCUGGAAAUCAGCGAUGCUGUAGGGCCUGUGUUUCUCGAUCACCGGGACGAGCUUGAGGGAACAUACAAGGUUUACUGCCAGAAUCACGAUGAGGCCAUUUCACUGCUGGAAAUCUACGAGAAGGAUGAGAAGAUCCAGAAGCAUCUUCAGGACUCCUUGGCAGAUCUCAAGAGCCUGUACACAGAAUGGGGAUGCACAAAUUACAUUAACCUGGGCUCCUUCCUCAUCAAACCGGUCCAGAGGGUAAUGCGCUACCCACUGCUACUCAUGGAGUUGCUGAAUUCCACCCCAGAAUCCCACCCCGAUAAAGGGCCCUUAACCAGUGCAGUCCUUGCAGUCAAGGAGAUCAACGUGAACAUUAAUGAAUAUAAACGUCGAAAGGACCUGGUCCUCAAGUACCGAAAGGGUGAUGAAGACAGCCUCAUGGAGAAAAUUUCCAAACUGAACAUCCAUUCCAUCAUCAAGAAAUCCAACCGCGUUAGCAGUCACCUGAAGCACCUCACUGGCUUUGCUCCACAGAUCAAAGAUGAAGCAUUUGAAGAAACAGAAAAGAACUUCCGAAUGCAAGAAAGAUUGAUCAAAUCUUUUAUCCGGGACCUGUCUCUCUACCUUCAGCAUAUCCGGGAAUCGGCGUGUGUGAAAGUGGUGGCUGCCGUGAGCAUGUGGGACGUGUGCAUGGAGAAGGGACACAGAGACUUGGAGCAGUUCGAGAAGGUGCAUCGCUACAUCAGUGACCAGCUCUUCACACAUUUCAAGGAGAGGACAGAGCGGCUUGUCAUCUCUCCCCUCAAUCAGCUGCUGAGCAUGUUCACAGGGCCCCACAAGCUGGUGCAGAAACGCUUCGAUAAGCUUCUGGACUUCUACAACUGCACGGAACGGGCAGAGAAGCUAAAGGACAAGAAGACUCUGGAGGAGCUGCAGUCGGCCCGGAACAACUACGAGGCCCUGAACGCGCAGCUGCUGGACGAGCUGCCCAAGUUCCAGCAGUUCGCCCAGGGGCUCUUCACCAACUGCGUACACGGCUACGCCGAGGCCCACUGCGAUUUCGUGCGCCGGGCGCUGGAGCAGCUGAAGCCGCUGCUGUCGCCACUUAAAGUCGCCGGCAGAGAGGGGAACCUUACCACCGUCUUCCAUGAGGAGCACAGCAGGGUCCUGCAGCAGCUCCAGGUUUUCACCUUCUUCCCAGAGUCGCUUCCGGCUGCCAGGAAGCCGUUCGAGAGGAAGACCGCGGACCGUCCGGCGGCCCGGAAGCCGCUGCUGGGGCUGCCAAGUUACAUGCUACAGUCGGAAGAACUCCGGGCCUCCCUUCUGGCAAGGUAUCCCCCUGAAAAACUCUUCCAAGCAGAACGGAACUUCAAUGCAGCUCAAGACUUAGAUGUCUCACUUCUGGAAGGUGACCUGGUGGGCGUAAUCAAAAAAAAGGACCCCAUGGGCAGUCAGAACCGCUGGCUGAUUGACAAUGGAGUCAGCACAGGCUUUGUGUACAGCUCCUUCCUGAAGCCCUACAAUGCCCGCCGCAGCCAGUCUGACGCCUUCCUUGGCAGCCACUCCUCCACCGAGUCGGAGCCCGGCGGCUCCUCUCCCGGGUUCCCACAGCAGAACUGCAGCAGCACCUUGACCUUCAAUCCCAGCAGCAUGGCUGUGUCCUUCAGCUCAGGGUCUUGUCAGAAACAGCCUCAAGAUGCCACUUCAUUGAAGGAACCGGACCAAGAAACUGCCAGUGCAUCCUUAAACUUGGGUUGUUCGGAGAGCAGUCCUUCCAGAUGCCCCACAGACCCAGAUUCCAGCUCCCAGCCCAGGUCAUGGGAUUUUCCGGAGGCAUCCAGAGACAUUCACCAGCCCGCCCCUGCCCUCAGGAGCUCCAGAAACUCGAGGCAUCCAGAAACGGUUGGUCACUCCCUACCAGGGCGAAAUGGGCAGGGAAAAGACCUCAUGAAAGGGUGCACGAGAACGACCCAGUGUCUGGAAGACAAAAAUGAAGAACCAGAAAGCAGGGAGGCAGAAGGCAACCAGGUCUAUUUUGCUGUCUAUACCUUCAAGGCACGGAACCCAAAUGAGCUGAGUGUGUUAGCCAAUCAGAGACUCAAGAUCCUGGAGUUUAAAGAUGUUACGGGAAAUACAGAGUGGUGGUUAGCCGAAGUUAAUGGGAAGAAAGGCUAUGUUCCAUCCAAUUAUAUCCGCAAAACUGAAUAUACCUGAGCCUAUUCCCUCUCCCGUUUAACCUUGCUGCCUUCACUUCCUUCUGCUGAAGGGUUCUGGUGGCCCUCCAAGAGGGCACCUGCUCCUGGGACACCGGCCCCGUCUGCAUUGUUUAACCAACCACGGCACGGCACAGGGCACAGGAUGAGUCUUGUUUCCUGACAUUGGGUUGUCAACUUUGAUGCUCACUAGACUUUCUAGAAUUUUAAAUGGACCCUGGGGCUUGUGAAUGAUUCUGUGACCAUGAGAAGAAAGGCAAGUCUUGGGUCAGCCUUUGGAAAUGAGAAAUUUCCAAUGGGAAGACCAGUAUCGGAUAUAUGCUGGAAGCUGUGCUCCAGCAUGAGAAGAUGUUGGCGUGGGUUGUACCAUACUGAGUUUGGGGCAGUCCCAUGCUCCAUGAAACUGACUUGGAUGAAGAGAAUUUUCUGGGAGCCCUUUUAGACUGCGCCUCUGCACGUGGCAAGAAGUUUGUUGAGAAUGUACCAAAUCUGGUGUUUCAACGCUUCAGUGUUUGGCACACAUUCACACAUACACACCCACCCCUAAUUUCUAAAAGUCCCUAAAACACUAUCAUCUGUAAUCUUAUUUAUUUCAAAUAUUGCAUUUCCAGAUCGGCUAGGCAAAAUUCAAUAGCGUUCUCUUUUUUAAAAGUGUUUAGGGUCUUUACUUCCCUUCAGUCUUUCUAUGAAUGGGUCUCUUCCCUUUGAGGUUUACAACCUUCUGCCCCUUUCUAACAGUCACCUCUGCUUUAUCGAGUCCGUGUGUGAUGUCUUCUGGCCCUUCACCUGCAACCCAAUAACUGAUAGCUUUUCCUAGGAGAACAAGAUCAGAGCUCCAGCCACCCCAUGGAAAGAGCUCGCCCUACAGUAAGCUGAAACCAAUCUGGCCUGGUGGAAGAUGGGAUGCCUUUCUCCUUCAUCCACACUACUGUCCACAGAUGCAGAAAGCAUAAUGCUCGUGUAUUGUGUGAGUGAGAAGCAGUCCCAGAGGUAGCUUAUCCAAGACUUGGAAAUCAGCAUUUUCUGUUUCACUACUAACCUCCAUGCUUCAGGGACCGUAGUCUAAGCCAAACAGAUCCUAAAGUGCCUGCUCGUCCCUCCCUCUUGCCUCAGGAAGAUCUUCGCUAAUCCUUACACAAAGAAUCUCCCCCUGAAAAUUCUAUUUAAGCAGGGCUCUUAUUCUUAAGGUCUUCCCCAGAUAUGAAGCCUACCUUGGAAUAGAAAACUAUGAAUUUUGCCUUAAGAAAGUGAAUUAAGAACACCUUACAGCCCCUGCUCCUUCAAGUGCACCUUUGGUCUUAAAAUCCUGAUGAGCGGGGAGACACCUGUGGGACCCCUUAGCCCUGUGUGUCUGCGGGUUGGUCAAAAGGCAGCAACGCGAGUCUCCUGUGAACAGUGUUUAUAUUUAGAGAUGUUUAUAUUUAAGUAGUUAUUUUAUAAAUAAAGGCAUUUCUAAGG